AUGGCUGUUGCUGAGGAUAUUGACUGGGGAUUUGUUGUUGAGGUGGUGAUUGAUGGGUCUGCUGCUGCAGUAUCGGCGAUUGUUGAUGCAGUUGUUGCUGAGGGUGCUGUGAAUGCUGCGCCUGGACUUGAUGUUGCGGCAGUACAUGCUGUUGCGGGGGUUGUUGAGGUGGUGUCUGAACUUGCUGUUGCAGUAAUGGAGACUGCUGCUGGAUUUGUGACUGUUGCGGCGAUUGAUGGCGAGGUUGUUGAUGUUGGAAGGCUUGGGGGUGAGGUUGUUGAGAGUAUUGGCCUUGGUGUUGUUGCUGUGGUGGAAGAUGCUGAGCAGGCUGCACUUGCUGUUGCGGGAUGGACUGCACGGGUUGUAUGA